AUGCGACGUGCGUCGGCCAACCGUCUGCGCUUCGUCUGCGAAUCAUGUGCGUUGACGCGCACGUCCUCCCGGCCGCCCAUCAGCUUCGGACUGGCCCGAAUCCGAACCGUCAAAAACGCAAAGCCCUCGACUUGGAAAACAGCGUCCGCAGCAACGAGAUGGGCUUCCACUGCGGCUGCCGGCCCCGCGACCGAGCAGGGGCUCCCAAUCGCCGCCAAGUCUAGUCAGUUGAACCAAGACAUUCCCGCUCGUAUCCCCGAACCCGCCGAACUCGCCCGGGUCGCCCAAGAUGGCGAGAAGAAGCUCCUCUCUGUGGAUGGUAUCCCGGCAAGCCAGCUGACCACUGCGGCCCUUGAAUCCUGUCUCCGUGCUGCCACUGUCCUUCAUCCUCAGCUGAAGCGCGCGGAAGCGCAGUCUAGGGCCGCGGCAUCCAAACUCGUCACUCUGGGCGCCGAGCGAACCGGCUCCAAGAUACCAAUCGAUGCCAAGAUCCAAGAUGCUGUCCAUCGGAUAUCACACUCGGCGUAUGCAAUCAUUACGCACCCAAAUGUCGAAAUGAAACCCGAGUUCCUCGAGCUUUAUGUCCAGGUCCAGGCCCAGCUAGGCCGCCCGGAAUCUCUUCCCUCCGUGCUGGGCCUGUACGCCACCAAGCCGAAACCCGUCGUCAAGGGCGGCCAAAUCGCCUACGUCAAACAGAAUCCCAACGCAGCCUCACGGGCCAUUGAGCAAGGGGUCGCCGAGCUUGCCCUGCAGACGGCCAUUGAUGCCAAAAACCUAGAUGCCUCCUUGGGCAUCAUUGAGGCUGCAUACUGCGUGCCGGCUUUCAAGCGACAGAAGCUGGUUAGGCACGGAACUGCCCCGGCCUUUGGCCUGGCCACCUUGCCGCUUGGCAUUUUCGGCUUAUCCACGGCGUAUGCCGCCUAUUGGCAAAACACAAUGGACGUCUCGACAGCGACUGGAAUCUGCGUCGCGGGCAUAUCGGGGUACUUCUUCGUGGUGGGGUCCUUGGGCGUCAUCGCCAAGUUGAGUAACAAGGACCAGAUGAAGCGAGUCACCUGGACCCCUGGGACUCCGCUCCGCUACCGGUGGCUGAGGGAAGACGAGCGAGCUGCCCUGGACAAGGUUGCCUGCGCCUGGGGCUUCAAGGAACCUUGGCGACAUGGCGAGGAGUCUGGUCCCGAGUGGGAAGGGCUAAAGGAGUACAUGGGAUACAGACAGAUGCUCCUUGAUCGCGUCGAGUUUAUGGACGGCAUGAGUUGA